GGCAGUCGGCGGGGAUGGGAAAUGAUGGAGGACAAAGGCCCUCGUGUAGCCGAUUACUUUGUGGUGGCCGGGCUGACGGACCCGUCCAAGCCUUUGGACCAGGAGAUCCAUUUCGACGAUGUGUGCCACAAGACGGCCAAGCCCCGGGCGCCCGUCACCGACGUGGCGUUGGUGAUCCGCUCCAUGGGCGAGGAGGUGCCUCCGGGGUUCACCUGCAUCGAGACCACGCCGACCGGCCAAUCGGCGGAUCUGAACAACGGGGGGCUCAUGGCGCCUCAGAUCUUCCUGUGCUACAGGCGAGGCCGCGACAAGCCACCGCUCACUGAUUUAGGAGAAAACCGAUUUAAGGGCUGCCACCUGAUCCAGACCACCCCCUCCGGCCGCCCCGCCAACAUCAGCGGGAACUCCUCCCAGCGCAUCUACGUCACCUACCGCCGGGCGCCCGAGAGCCAGCCGCACGCCGCCCUGGCCGUCACCGACAUAUGCAUCAUCGUCCCCAGCAAAGGGGAGGCGCCCCCGCACACCUUCUGUAAGGUGGACAAGAACCUGAACAGCAGCAUGUGGGGCUCCGCUGUCUACCUGUGUUACAAGAAGUCAGUGGCCAAAACCAACACAAUAGCUUACAAAGCAGGUUUAUUCAGCAGAUAUCCAGAGGAGGACUACGAGUCGUUCCCCCUCCCGGAGUCUGUCCCUCUCUUCUGCCUUCCCAUGGGGGCCACCAUCGAGUGCUGGCCGGCCAACACCAAAUACUCGCUCCCUGUUUUCUCCACCUUCGUCCUGACUGGAGCCUCUGGAGAGAAGGUUUAUGGAGCUGCCAUCCAGUUCUACGAGCCCUUCCCACAGGAGUGCCUGAGCGACCAGCAGAACUCCCAGCUGGGUCUCCUGGAGCCCGAACAGCCCGAGGCCGCGCCCGAUCCGGACGCCGGCGCGAGCAGCCGCUCGGCUCCCCGAGCCGUCUACACCAACAAAUGCGUCUGCCUGCUCUCCCACUGGCCCUUCUUCGACGCUUUCCGCAAGUUCCUCACAUUCCUCUAUCGCUACUCCAUCUCAGGCCCUCAUGCCCUGCCCAUCGAGAAGCACAUCUCUCAUUUUAUGCACAAAGUUCCCUUCCCUUCCUCCCAGAGGCCUCGCAUCUUGGUGCAGCUCUCCCCGCACGACAGCCUGAUGCUGAGCCAGCCAGUGUCCUCUCCUUUACCGCUCAGCGGCGGCCGUUUCUCCACGCUGCUGCAGAACCUCGGACCAGAGAACGCCGUCACCCUGCUGGUGUUUGCCGUCACGGAGCACAAGAUCCUGGUCCACUCGCUACGGCCGGCGGUGCUGACCAGCGUCACCGAGGCCCUGGUGUCCGUAAGUUACAGGCUGAAAUCCAUCCAUCCAUCCAUCCAUCCAUCCAUCCAUCCAUCCAUCCAUCCAUCCAUCCAUCCAUAUAUCUGUUUAUCCAUCCACCCAUCCAUCCAUCCAUCUAUCCCUCCCUCUCCCCAGCCACACCACCUUGGGGAUACUCAGAAUGGUUCUUGUAGUGAAUCAGCAGCACAGCUUUAUGUGAGGGUCACUGGAGUGUCUCAUCUUCCUCCUCCUCCUCCUCAGAUGAUCUUCCCGUUCCACUGGCCGUGCCCUUAUAUCCCCCUGUGCCCCCUGGCUUUGGCUGAUGUGCUGAGUGCGCCCUGUCCGUUCAUUGUUGGAGUGGACUCGCGCUACUUUGACCUUUAUGACCCGCCUCCCGACGUGAGCUGCGUGGAUCUGGACACAAACACCAUUUUUCAUAAUGAUGAUAAGCGAGCUCUCACGUGGAAGAUCCUGCCAAAGAAAGCCUGUAAAAACCUAAUGAAUGUGCUGAGCAACCUCCACCAGCAGCUGGUUGAUGGUCCAUAUCGGCCCGAUGGGUUACUUGAGCUGAGCAUGAGUGAUUCUCAUGAGCUGAGUUGUGGCAAGAGUCUCCACAUGCUGGAGCUGGAGAUCCAGGAAGCCUUCCUGCGCUUCAUGGCGGCUAUUUUAAAAGGUUAUCGCUCCUUCCUUCGACCGAUCACUCAAGCCCCUUCGGAGAAAGCCACGGACGCCAGCUCGCUCUUCGACUUGCAAGGGGCCGCGUUAGCGCACAGCGUCCCGCAGGCUGGACUGUGGGAAGACGCUGGGCUAGAGGUCAACCACCUCCUGAAACGCACGGCCGUCCGGUCCGGAACGCAGCUGCUCGCAGCCCGUGAGGCCGGGUCCAGCUCCUGGAACGGAGCCAGGUUUCUGAAGAGCCGCGACCGCUCCCACCAGAAGUUCUACUCUCUCAUGACGAAGACGCAGAUGUUCAUCCGCUUCAUCGAGGAGUGCUCGUUUGUCAGCGACAAAGACGCCAGCCUGGCCUUCUUCGACGACUGCGUGGACAAACCUAACAUGCAUUCUGCUGCUGUCUGCUUCCAAUCUCUUGAGUUUCUCUCUGUUUUCCCUCCUGCCUCCUCUGGAGAGCAGCUUUACAAUUCAGAGCGGAGCGCAGACAAAGGAGGAAAGGUGGACGCCGACAGGGCGGAGGAGACCAGGCUGAUAGAGAUUGAUGAGUCCCAGCGCAGUGAGCACACAGUGUUCAUCACACCUCCAGAGCUGCCGCCUCUGCCCGAGGGGGAGGAACACCCCCUGUGCUACAGGUAUGAUGGCUUCCCCGUGUUGAGUCUGGACUUGUUCGACCCCAUUGAGGGUCUGCGGACGCCCUCUUCCCGGCUCGCUGCCAGGCAGAGCUGCCCGACAAGCCCCGCCCCCAUGUUCAGGCGCACCAAACAGGAGAUUAAAUCAGCCCAGAAGAUAGCUAAGAAGUACUCGUCCAUCCCUCAGCUGUGGUCCAAGUGCCUGCUGCGUCACUGCUACGGCCUGUGGUUCAUCUGUCUGCCCGCCUAUGUCAAAGUGUGUCACUCCAAGGUUCGAGCCCUUCGCACCGCCUACGAUGUCCUCAGGAAGAUGCAGAUGAAGAAGUUACAGCCCCCCGAUGAGGUGUGCUACCGCGUGCUGAUGCAGCUGUGUGGGCAGUACGGUCAGCCCGUGCUGGCCGUCAGGGUCCUCUUUGAGAUGAAGAAGGCCGGAGCUGUGUUGGAGAGCACGUGGCCCUCCAGCACCAGGGGAGGCUACUUCCUGUGGAUGAAGCUGAGGAACGUGAUCCUGGGGGUGGCGCAGUUCAAACGGGCUCUGCGACGCCACGCCCCCCUCACCCAGAGCCCUCUGUCAGAUGGCAGCGACCUGGACGCUGUGAGUCACGGCAGCCUGGAUAGCUCAGCCGACACUAACCAGUCCGAGCAGCAGCCGGCUGACGAUAGAUCUAGCACAGUCAGCCGUCGGGGCGGCGGCGUGGGCGCCAGACCCGUGGCGGCCCACUCACACUGGGGGGGCUCUGAGCUCAGAGAAGCCACUCUCCACCCAGGUGACCAGUCAGAUCUGGGUUAUAACUCCUUGUCCAAAGAAGAGGUGCGCAGAGGAGACCCCAGUGUCCAAGACUCCGCCCCCGACAGAGACGACAGGAAGGAGAGCGACUGCAGCUCCUUGUCAGAGACGGAAAGCGCAAAGGGGAGUAAGGACUGCCUCCCUCAGCUGGACGUGGAGGUCAGCUCCUCCUUCAGGCCCCGCGGCAUCGUGCGCAGCAGCUACCCGUUCGAGGACUCGAGCCGCAAACCCAAAAGCUCCGCCAGUGCAGACCACGUCGCCGGCCUCCUCUUCACCAGCUCCCUGGACGAGAUCGGCGAGGUCCACUCCAACGCUCUGCUGAAGAGACACCGGAGCGCCCUGGAGGAGGUGGUGGGCGGCGGCUCGCCUCUGGACUGGCAGGCCGCCAGAGCCCGCCGGCACAGCGGCGACACGGUGGGCAGCGGGGGCAGCGGGACCACCGUCCUGGGCCUCGGGAUGAGCCAGGGCGAAACCGACCCCGACAGGAUCGCCGGGCACCUGGGCGCGGACGCCCGGAUCCUCUCUGCCGCCAACUAUAGCAAGAGCAAGAGCCCGCUCUCACUGGGGGUGAGCCGGUCGGAGGGGUUGGAGGCUAAGGUGACCAGAGGCCGCCCCCGCAGGGAGGAGGACGAGGAGCUGGAGGCGCAGGACUCCAGCGACGAAGACCCGAGUCUCACGGAGGCCAUUUUCGACCUGGAGGAUCUGGAUCCAGACAGGCCUGCCACAAAGGCCGCCUCCCAGAAGGAGCCCGUCGAACGCAGCGCCAGCUUCGGAGGGGUGGGCGCGGCCGGGUCCAAAGGAGCGGUCAAACGCACCGGCAUCAAAACAGGGUACGACCCUCUGUCCCUGCUGGCCGCGGAGACCAAGACCCAGACCCAGACCCAGAUCCAGAGCCAGACCCAGAGCGAGCAGCACCAGGCCCACCGGGACCCAGAGGGGGACGAGGCCACCACGCCCAGAGCCCCCAGGAACCUGGCCAGGGAGAUCGAGCUGUACAUGAACCACAUGGACAGCCCGCUGAGCAGCCGGGCGCCCAGCCUGGACCUGCAGGACCCGGUCAGCCCCCUCCUGCUCCACCCCACCUCUGGCCUGCGGCGCUCCAGCCUGCCCCACAGCUCCCCCCUCAGGACGGCCGGCGUGCCCCGCUCCCGCACCUUCCACCAGACCUCGCCCUCCCAGCCCAUCUCCCGCCAGCGCCUGUGGUCGUCCCCCCCGUGCCAGAGCUCCAGCACCAGCCCCAGCCCUCGGCCCAGCCCCCUCAGGGAGGUGCCCGACCGCACCGGCCUGGCCUCUCCCUCCCCCUCCUCCUCCUCUUUCGCUCUGGACACGCUGCUCACGCCCACCCUGGACGUGUUCAAAACCAGCAUGUUCUCCGCGGGGAAGGGCGUGGCCGAGAAGGCCAGCCGCUGGUAUUCCCGCCUGGCCACCUACACCACCCCCACCAAGGACAACGGUGACCGUCUGAGCGUGUCCUCCUUCGGCGUUGGAGAUCCAGACUGCUCCUCCCUGCUGGAUGAGGAGGACUGUGGGGAGUUGGAGUGCCCUGUGAUCUCUCCCCGGAGGAACGGCCCCAUGGGGCCCCGCCGGAGCCCCAGACGCAGCCCCCUCCCCAGCAGGCUGGGCAGCCCCACCACCGGCUGCAGCCUCGGGAGGCCCUCGUCUUUUCUUCCUGGAUGUGUCCUGUCUCCUCCUGGUUUCCCGCUGCCGGAUAAGUCUGACCUCGGCUCUUCACGCUACACCAGCAACACCAGCGUGUUCAACAACUACGCCAUGGAGCUGCUGAUAUCCAGCUGCUCCCGCUGUAAGACGUGCGACUGCCUGGUGUACGACGAGGAGAUCAUGGCUGGCUGGACAGCCGACGACUCCAACCUGAACACCACCUGCCCCUUCUGUGGAAACCCCUUCCUGCCUUUCCUCAACGUGGAGAUCAGAGACAUGAGGGGACCCGGCAGGCUUUUUCUGAAGGGCAGCCCUUCGGUCGAGGAGGCCAUGACGUCGUCGUACUCCACCUCCACGGGUCUGGACACGGGAACAUCCACCCUGUCUACGCCCUGUCCCACGACAGCUCUGUCGCCUCCCUCCCCCACCAUCGCCGGGCAGCAGGGCUCUGAAAGGACUCGGUCCGUCAGGGCUCAAGGUAUCAGCAUCCCUGCGGAGCGGCAUCAGGGCGGGCUGUCCGGGACGCCCAUGACCCGGAGCGUGAGCGCCUUCUGUCCUCUGGAGGAGGCGUCCGGCUUCAACCGCCGCAUGCCCACGUCAGGGAGCCUGCCCACCCGUCUGAAUGAAAACACGGACCCUCUGAGUAUGGAGUGGCGGCUCCACAACCCCGAGCCGGUCACCGUGCCCUACCUGAGCCCUCUGGUGCUGUGGAAGGAGCUGGAGAGUCUGCUGGAGAACGAGGGCGACCCGGUGAUCACGGAGGCCGACAUGGUGGACCACCACCCCAUCAUCUACUGGAACCUGGUGUGGUACUUCAGACGGCUGGACCUGCCCAGCAACCUGCCCGGUCUCAUCCUCACCUCUGAGCACUGCAACAGAGACUCCCAGGUCAGCCCCCGACCCGACCCGGUUCCCCUCUACGGGGGGGGGGGAGCGCCCGGCUCAGAGUCUCUGUGUGCUCUUUCACAGGUCCCCCGUCACUGGAUGUCAGAGGACAGUAAACACGUGCUGAUCCAGAUCCUGUGGGACAACCUGAAGCUGCACCAGGACCCCGUCCAGCCUCUCUACAUCCUCUGGAACACAUACAGUGUGGGGUACCCUCUGUCCCGGCCGGUCCCGGAGGAGGAGCAGCCGCUCAGCGAGGAGCUGCUGCAGGGCGUGGUGAGGAGCAUCCAGAGGAACGACGUGGGCCGGCCCCUGGCCCAGCUGCUGCAGGGGCUGGGCCGCACGCUGGGGGCCCGCAGGCAACGGUCAGUUAAACUCUAA